CCAAAUGGUGCAAACCCAAGAAGAAUGGUGAAGAAAUUGAGGCAAAUGUCUAUGCCUAUGCCCACUCCAAGAAAAUCUCUCUUUUUCUGCAUCUUCUUCUUCUUUGGCCCUCUUCUCUGCUCAUUUCCCACCAUCUAUGCAACCCAAGAAGCUUCCCUCCUCUUCACAUGGCUCAACUCGUCUCCCCAACCACCUCCUCCAAUCCUCUCCUCCUGGAACAGCCACGACACUUCCCCAUGCAAGUGGGCCUCCAUCACAUGCUCUCCUCAGGGCUUUGUCACAGAGAUUAACAUCCAGUCUGUCACUCUUCAGCUCCCUAUGCCCACCAAUCUCUCCUCCCUCAAGUCCUUGAAGAAUCUUGUCAUUUCUCAGGCGAAUCUCACCGGGACGAUCCCUGAUGACAUAGGCGACUGCAUUGCUCUCUCAGUCAUUGACCUGAGCUCCAACUCUCUUGUUGGAGCCAUUCCUGAAACGAUUGGCAAUCUCAGGGACUUGGAGGAGCUGACUCUGAAUUCUAAUAGGCUCACUGGGAAAAUCCCAGUUGGGCUAAGCAAUUGCAGAGUGUUGAAGAGUCUCUUGCUUUUUGACAACAGGCUUGGUGGUUCUAUUCCUCCUGAGUUGGGGAAGCUGUCAAGCCUUGAAGUCUUCAGGGCUGGAGGGAACAGGGACAUUGUUGGGAAGAUUCCUGAGGAGCUUGGAGAUUGCACAAAUUUGACAGUCCUGGGCUUGGCCGACACACAGGUGGCAGGCUCUUUGCCUCCUUCAUUGGGUAAGCUCAAAAAGCUCCAAACUUUGUCCAUAUACACCACAAUGAUCUCUGGCGAGAUCCCUCCUGAUAUAGGGAAUUGUCCUGAGCUUGUGGACUUGUUCCUCUAUGAGAACAGCUUGUCUGGUUCUAUUCCACCUGAGCUUGGCAAGCUUCGGAAGCUUGAACAAUUGCUAUUGUGGCAGAAUAAUCUUGAGGGCAUUAUUCCUGAGGAGAUUGGUAAUUGUAGCAGUCUCAGGAUGAUUGAUCUUUCCUUAAAUUUUCUAUCUGGGACAAUGCCAAUGUCUCUAGGAGGGUUGUUAGGGCUUGAAGCUUUUAUGAUUAGCAAUAACAAUGUGUCCGGUUCGAUACCUGCUAAUCUUUCCAAUGCCACGAGCCUCCAGCAAUUGCAGCUCGACACAAAUCAGAUCUCGGGGCUAAUUCCGCCUGAGCUCGGGAAGCUUUCGAGGCUCAAUGUGUUCUUCGCCUGGCAGAACCAGCUCGAAGGAAGCAUUCCUCCGACGUUGGCUUCUUGUAGUAAUCUCCAAGCUCUAGAUUUGUCGCACAAUACCCUGACCGGUAGAAUUCCUCCAGGGCUGUUUCAGCUCAAGAAUCUCACCAAGCUGCUCUUGAUUUCUAAUGAUAUUUCUGGGACGAUACCUCCGGAAAUCGGCAAUUGCAGUUCUCUGGUGCGUCUUCGGCUUGGGAACAACCGCAUCGCUGGUGGAAUUCCUAGAGAAGUAGGAAACCUUAAGAAUCUGAAUUUUCUCGAAUUUUCUGGGAAUCGUCUUUCCGGGAAGGUGCCCAAUGAGCUCGGGGAAUGCACGGAGCUGCAAAUGAUAGACCUGAACAACAACACCCUAGAAGGUCCCCUUGCUGAGUCACUAUCAUCCCUCUCGGGCCUCCAAGUCUUGGAUGUUUCUUUCAACAGGAUCACAGGUCCAAUACCUACGAGCUUGGGACGCCUCAUUUCACUGAACAAGCUUAUACUCAAACAGAAUUCGUUCUCAGGCUCUAUUCCUUCUGCACUUGGUCUGUGUUCAAGUUUGCAGUUGCUCGAUCUUAGCAGCAAUGAGCUGACAGGAAGCAUACCGCUGGAACUGGGCAGAAUCGAGGCGCUUGAGAUCGCUCUUAACCUCAGCUGGAACGGCCUCACUGGGCCAAUUCCAGUACAGAUGUCUUCUCUGAGUAAGCUGUCGAUCUUGGACCUUUCGCAUAACAAGCUUCAGGGAAGUCUCGGUCCACUGGCUUCCCUUGAUAAUCUUGUGUCCCUCAACAUCUCCUAUAACAACUUGUCUGGCUAUCUUCCUGAUACCAAGCUUUUCCGACAACUCUCGUCCAAUGAUCUCGCCGGAAAUGAAGGCCUUUGUUCCUUGAGCCAUGGCUCUUGCUUCUUGAAUGCUAGUGAUGGCAAAGAAAUGAUGGGUAAAGAUGAAGACAUCAGCCAUUCGCGGAAGCUGAGACUAGCAAUUGCCCUGUUGAUUACAUUGACAGUGGCAAUGGUAGUGAUGGGUAUAUUUGCAGUUAUCUGGGCCCGAAGAACGAACAAGGACGAUGAUGAAUCGGAGUUAGGAGAUUCUUGGCCGUGGCAAUUCACCCCUUUCCAAAAGCUGAAUUUCUCGGUGGAUCAGGUGCUUAAGUGCCUAGUGGAUACCAACGUGAUUGGAAAAGGGUGUUCUGGGGUUGUCUAUCGAGCCGACAUGGAUAACGGGGAAGUGAUUGCCGUGAAGAAGCUGUGGCCCACGACAAAAGCCCCCACCAGUUCAUUUGAUGAAGAGAAAAGUGCGGUCCGUGAUUCGUUCUCAGCAGAGGUGAGAACGCUUGGUUCCAUCCGUCACAAGAACAUUGUGAGAUUCUUGGGUUGUUGCUGGAACAGAAACACUAGAUUGCUCAUGUAUGACUAUAUGCCGAAUGGGAGCUUGGGUAGCCUCCUGCAUGAGAGGAACAGAAAUUCAUUGGAUUGGGAACUCCGGUACCAAAUACUGAUCGGGGCAGCACAAGGGCUGGCUUAUUUACACCACGACUGCGUACCUCCGAUCGUUCACCGUGACAUCAAAGCAAAUAAUAUCCUCAUAGGCCUUGAAUUUGAGCCGUACAUUGCCGAUUUUGGCCUGGCCAAGCUUGUUGACAAUGGUGACUUUGCUCGGUCCUCGAACACGGUUGCUGGCUCUUAUGGAUACAUUGCUCCAGAGUAUGGCUACAUGAUGAAGAUAACAGAGAAGAGUGACGUAUACAGCUAUGGCGUAGUGGUAUUGGAAGUCUUGACAGGGAAGCAACCUAUCGAUCCGACCAUACCAGAUGGCCUUCACAUCGUGGAUUGGGUCAGACAAAAGAGGGGGGGCAUUGAAUUGCUCGAUCCGAACUUGCUGUCUCGGCCUGAAUCUGAAGUGGAAGACAUGAGGCAAGUGUUAGGCAUUGCGAUGCUGUGCGUAAGUCCGUCCCCUGAUGAGAGGCCGACCAUGAAGGACGUUGCUGCAAUGCUCAAGGAGAUCAAACACGAAAGAGAGGAGUUUGCCAAGGUUGACGUUCUCCUUAAGGGUUCUCAGGAGUCUGAAAAUCAAGGAAACAGAAAGAACAAUUGUGUCCCAGCGACCUCGUCCUCUAAGCUGACGAGCUUGUACCUGAAGAGCAAUAACACAAGCUUCUCGGUUUCGUCACUGCGCUACUCGUCCUUGCAAUCCAAUGCCGGGUUCAAGUAAUGUGAUGGUUGAGGCAAGAGAGGUUGGGUCAUCUUUCAUCAGUUGCUCUAGAAUUUUCUACAUGUUUGUUUGUUUGUCUUAUGUAAAGAAAAGGAGUGUCAUUUGUUGGAAGAAGAUGCAUAAGAAUUGAAGUGCCAAGAGUCGAUCGAGUUGGCAUUUUGGUGUUUCAUCACAUGCAGAGUAACCAAUUCACUUGAUUUGG